CCCAGCAGUCACGUGGUCCGCUCGAUGCGCUCGGCGCUCCCCGGCGGCGCAGGCCAGGCACGGUUCUUGUCACGGUCCCGACCCGGUUCCCGGGCUGGUGCCGCUCGCACCAUGUCCACCGCCAUGAACUUCGGCGCCAAGAGCUUCAAGCCGCGCCCCCCGGACAAAGGAGCCUUCCCCCUGGACCAUUUCGGGGAGUGCACCGCCUCCAAGGAGCGCUUCAUGGAGUGCCUCCGCCGCAGCGACUUCCAGAGCGGCGCCUGCCGAGAGCUCUCCAUGGCCUACCUGCAGUGCCGUAUGGAGAGGCAACUUAUGGCUAACGAACCACUGGAAAAAUUGGGAUUUAAAGAUCUGAUAGAUGAGAAAUCUGAAGCAAAACCUGAGAAGUCGUAAUGAAGAAUGACAACUUUUGCUCUUCGUGUAUGGAAAGCACAACUCUUACGUAGUACAUAUUGUACUUCUGUGCAUAUUGCAAUAGGAAGUGUUUCGUGAUGGAACCUUUCUUCCAAAAUAUUAUUUCCUAAAAUAACACUUUGCUCACUUCAGAAAGGACUGCCUUUGUUUACUCUCCUGGAGUAUUUCUUAGCUUUUUUCUUUUAAAUUCACUAGUCUGCUCUUGAAGAUCCAUGAGAACUUUACCUGGGAGAAAACAGCUGUUGCCUGAAGUCUUCUCCAUGCCUCUGCAAAAACAGUAAACUCUUGCUUUUAAAAAGCAAAAGCAAACAAACAAAACCCCCCACCUUUAUUGCGUAGAUCUUGAACUGUACUCUUAUAUGUGGUAUUACUAAUAUGCUUACAGCAAUUACUUGUCAGGUGGAAAUAAAGCUGUUGUGGUACUAGCAAA